AAGCUGUUUGGCGACGACCACUCGUGGCGACACGGCACGACCGUCAUCUACAUCUGUCAUUUUGGCGGCGUGCCAAAGGGCAUGCCGUUUAACCUGUGCGACAGUGGGCGGUGGGUGAACAUGGCACCUACCUGCCCCGCAUGCAGCAGCAGCAUCAACAGCAGCACCGACUGCUGCCUGCUUGCUGAGCUGGAGCAUGGCCACACGAUAUACGACGGUCUGCACCCGGGUGAACGCAUCGCAUAUCGCUGCGACGACGGUUAUACACUCGUCGGCAACGUCACUCUGCUAUGCCUCCCUGAUCGCAAGUGGAACGUCCGGCAGCCACGAUGCGUGCCGCAAUGUCCGCCCAUCCCCGCGCUGGACAACGGUCAUGUUGAGGGAGGCUUCGCCGUUGGAAGUCGCGCGGUGUUCACAUGUCAUCCUGGCUACAAGCUGCUCGGGGACGGCAUCCUAUUGUGUAAGGUGGACCGCACAUGGAGUGCCGACUUUCCGCUCUGUCUCCUCGUCUCCUGUAUGCGUCCUCAACCUCCCGAAAAUGGAAGCGUUCGCGUGGAAGGAACCAUCGCAGGCGGCCGCUCACAUUACUCCUGUGACGACGGUUUCGUACUGAGAGGCGACAAGCUGACGACGUGUCACGACACGGGGGAGUGGGACAGCGUUGUGCCGUCAUGCAUACGCGCCGUCUGCCGACCGAUGCAGCUUCUACAGAACGGACACGUCAACGUCACCGACAACACGCGUGUUGGCAGCAGAGCGGCGGUCGUCUGUAAUCGUGGCUUCAGGCUUCACGGUAAGCGCUGGGUCACCUGUCAAGAGACCCUACAGUGGAGCGUGCAUACGUCACAGUGCCUCCCUAUGACGUGUACCGUACCGCAGGUUCCGCAGCAUGGCAGGGAGUCGCACACAGGUGUCGGCGUUGGUGACACUAUCUUCUUCGCUUGCGACAAAGGUUUCAUGCGGCAGGGAGCGGCAACUGCAUCGUGUCAUGAUGACGGGACAUGGAGCAGUCGACCUCCAAGAUGUGUUGAGGUGUUCUGUGUGAAGCCGAGCCUUGUACGGCACGCCAGCAUACAGGGGGGAGGCAGAGAGCGCUAUCAAGUCGGUAACUACGUGCAGUAUGUCUGCGAGCCGGGGUUCCAACUGGUGGGGAGAUCGCGGCUGAUCUGCUAUGCGGACGGGACGUGGAGCUAUGACACGCCGACGUGCAUGGCCGUUCACUGUGCAGAGCUGCCGGCAGUCGCCGAUGGCUCGUAUUACACUGACAGCGACGAGUACGAAAGCGUAGCGUCGCUUGUAUGCAAUCCUGGAUAUAAGGUCAUCGACGAUGACACGAUCCAGUGUAACGAGGACGGCACAUGGACGAAUCCAAGUGGUCACUGCUCGGAGGUGAACUGCUAUGCACCGCCGAGUGUGAGCAAUGGCUUUCUCAUCAACACGCUCACAAACUUCAUGUACGGAAGCAUGGCCGAGUAUCGUUGCUAUCUUGGCUACAACGUGGGACCGAGCACUGGCCUGAAAUGCUCAGAGAAUGGCACGUGGAUAGGGGAGUUACCCGUGUGUCGGGAAAUCUCUUGCCCUGCACCGACGUCAAUCGAAAAUGGUGAAUACAGUCACGACGGUUUGCUUUAUACUGACAGCAUCACGUAUGAGUGCCAUGCUGGAUACCGCCUUAGUGGAGCACCCGUGCACACGUGCCUACUGACCGGGGAAUGGGAUGCAGUGGCUCCUGUAUGCAUCAAGCACAACUGCAGCACGCUACGUCCACCGAUUCAUGGCCUUGUUGAUGUUAAUGGGAAUGCAGUUGGUAGUGUUGCUAACUUCUCGUGUGAGCCAGGGUACCGCAUCAGUGGCGUGUCAAUGCUUACGUGCCAGAAGGAUGAGAGCUGGGACAAUGUGACACCAGAGUGUGUCGCAAUCGAGUGCGCGAUGCUAUAUCCACCAAACCACGGAUAUCUCCACAUUGAGAAUAACGUGGUGGGCAGUCUAGCUAACUACUCGUGUGAGAGAGGAUACCUUCUGAAGGGAGAGGCGCAACUGCAGUGUGAUUCGGUGGGCAUGUGGUCGUCGGAUCUGCCCGUGUGUGAGGAGAUCACUUGUGUUACACCGCAACAGAUACAAGGAGGCAACGUAGUGGCACUAAAACCGAGAUACCGAGUCAAUGAUACCGUCACCUACGCGUGUGUUAGUGGUUACAGAAUGCGCGGCAGUAGACAGCGCAUCUGCACGGCUAACGGACGCUGGAGCGGUUCAUUCCUGCCGCACUGCGAACUCAUUGUCUGUCCCAUCUUAGAGGCGAUUGAGAAUGGCAUCUGGGUUUACGACAACAACACUGUCGACUCUCAUGCACAGCUUGUCUGUGACGAGGGGUACAGGACUGAUGAUGCAGAGCCACUGACGUGUAGCGAUGGCGGUAGUUGGACGGGAACUAUUGGUUUGUGUAGAGUAGUAACCUGUGACAACCCUCCGAUCAUCAGUAACAGUCUCAUGCUUACCGCGAAAGCACCUUUCACGUUUAACGCAACCGUCACGUAUGAAUGCAUGCUGGGGUACACACCAAGCCGUGAAUCUCUCCAGAUCACAUGCUCUGCUAACGGAACAUGGGAAGCAGACGAAGAACCGCAAUGUCUCCCCAUCUCAUGCGCCUACCCUGACGCAAUAUCACGAGGGUACAUAACUGUCGACGGCAGUGGCACAUACGGGGACAGUGUGACGUACUCGUGUGAAGCUGGUUACAGGUUAGUUGGGGAUGCAACGCGGGUAUGUAAUAUGUCGGGUGAGUGGAGCGCGCUGGAACCCAGGUGUGAGAAGGUGGUGUGCAUCAGUGAGGAGAUUGAGCAUGGAGCAGCAAUGUCACACGACCACGACGUCGUGCCGGCAAUGUUGACAUGGUACGAAUGUGACAUCGGUUAUCGGCUGGUAGGUGCACGGGUGAGGCUGUGCGGUGACGAUGGUACAUUUAACACGACUCAGCCCAUAUGCGAUAGAGUGUACUGCCCUGACCCAGCAGUGGCAGAUCUUCUGCUCUCGUACCUUCCACCACACACAUCCCCUGUGUAUGGCUCAGUAGUCAGCUAUACAUGUCCCACUGGCUACGCGCUUAAUGGCUCAUCGACGCGGGAAUGCUCUGGAGAUGGCGAUUGGAGUAGCGAAGAACCAUCUUGUGAAAGGGUCACGUGUCCAGACCCGCCUGUGAUUGAGAACGGUUGGCCCGUCUUGCCUGCAACCCCACAAGCUGCAGGCAGCGUCAUAAGCUACGAAUGUUCGCAUGGCUUUGAUCUGCUUGGAUCUCGUACACUCGAGUGCUCAGAGGAUGGGACGUGGGGCGACAAACUUCCAGUGUGUGGCAGGGCAAGAUGUCAGGCUGACGUUCUCCCAAAGAUUGAAAAUGGCUUCAUACAGGUCAGCGGGUCCGAGUUUGGAUCAACGGCUACAAUUGCCUGCAACUACGGCUAUAAAGUAACUGGGAAUCUAAAGUUAAGAUGUCUGGCGAAUAGUACAUGGCAGGAGCUUGAACAAGGAGGACACUGCGGCCUUGUAACGUGCCCCAAACCACGUGCCAUACAGAAUGGGAUAGUAAGCGCAGCAACCGCUCUCCAGCCUGGCACGACCAUCUCCUACUCAUGCAUGGCAGGCUACCGUCUGUCGGGACAAAGAAACCGUACGUGUACUGGGAAUGGCACAUGGAAUGGUGAGGAACCCUCAUGCGAGCGCAUCACUUGCAUUCCUCCAGGUCGCACGCCAAAUGGUAUUACUGAAGGUGACUCGUUUCUGUUCGGGGAUGAAGUUUCCUACACCUGCAUCUAUGGCUUCCACCUGCUAAUUAACAGGAUCACUGAUAGCAAACGCUUGUCCGUGUAUAGGAGAAUCUGCAAUCAUGAUGGAUCAUGGUCAAACGCAGUGCCAGAAUGCGUACAGACGCUCUGCCCAGAUUUGCCCGCAGUGUCGAAUGGAGAACAUUCUCGCUUCGCUCGCAAUAUUGUAAACACGACCGUUACGUAUUCGUGCAAUCUUGGCUACACGCUGGAAGGCCGAGGCAAGCUUGUGUGUCGGGAGAAUGGAGUCUGGGAUGCGAACCCGCCAUCUUGUGAGAGGGUAACUUGUGGUAAGCCUGCACACGUGCCGUAUGCUAUUGUAACUGGCGAUAAAUUCGCAUUUGGCGAUAGUUUGACUUACGAAUGCACACACGGCUACAGAACAGACGGGUCGUUCAGGAUACAAUGUUUACCAAGUGGAAAAUGGACUACUCCAACGCCACGCUGUGUUGCCGUUACCUGCCAGCUACCGAACGUGGACGAUGGAACACUGAUAUACGCCACUGAGCCGAUCAGCAUUGGUGAUGGGGUGAUGCUGACGUGCGAGCCUGGGUACGUGGCGGGAAAUGAAACCGCAUCAGCAACAUGCGGGGCUGACGGAACACUGAGUUCUCUGCUAACAUGCAUCCCAGCAGUCUGUCCCGCGAUACCCGUAGUUGAUGGUGCUGUGAGGACGGGAGCAUCGUCAAAAGUCGGAGCCAUCGUGACGUAUCGCUGUAGUGACGGGUUUGUACAGGAUGGACCCACUGAUGUUAUCUGCCAGCCAAACAUGACUUGGUCCGAUGCACCCAGGUGCCUCCGUAUUCAGUGUGACGAGCCACCUAGCGUCCAGCACGGGAACUUCCGCCCGCAGUCGUCGAUGCAUUUCUUUGACGACCUCGUCAUCUACUCGUGUGGCGACGGUUACGAGCUUUACGGAGACAACGUUCUCAUCUGCAGUGCCACGGGACGCUGGGAAGGUUGGCCUCCUGUCUGUCAGCCUGUUCUAUGCGGGCGGCCUCCUAUCAUUGAGUAUGCCAGCACUGUCGUCCAGCAGUUAACCUACGGCAGCCAAGCCGAGUACGUGUGCAACACUGGCUACAUACUCAAGGGUCCUACCAAGGUGUUCUGCAUGGCAGAUGGAACGUGGACGCCACAAGGCAGUACGUGCACUGUCGUGUCGUGUGGCUCCCCGCCACUCCUACUCAAUGGCAAUGUCAAACACAACGCGACCACCUUCGGUAGCAUCGUCACCUAUAGCUGUCAACGUGGGUACGGUCUCACGGGUGAAUCCUCGAUGCAGUGCGGGCAGGAUGGCCAGUGGAGCGGUUCCCUACCCGACUGUGUCCCCGUAGACUGCGGAGAGCCCAUCGCUCCUAGGUUUGGCAAGCUGUGGAUAGAGUCAUCUGUGUAUUUGAGCAGGGCUGUAUACAGCUGCGACGAGGGAUACCGUUUGCUUGGCAGGACUACCCGACAUUGCCUGCACACCGGACGAUGGAGUGGAGAAACCCCCAGAUGUUCCCAUGUUUCAGGAAUGUUCUGCAUCCCGCCGGACAAGUUCUUACACGGAUACGUCAUCAACCUGGGAACUUACUACGGCGACGAAAUUAAGUUCGUUUGCGAGGAUGGCUUUCAGUUGCUAGGCAACGCGUCAGCCGUGUGCCAGCGCGACGGUAGAUGGAGCGGGGAACAGCCAGCAUGUCAGCUAGGUGCAGAAAGUUUGUGCCUGGCUCCUCCGACUCCACCGCGCGCUCUUGGUGGAAAUAGAUCCGCCUUUCGCGAGGGUGAGACUGUCACGUUCGCUUGCCAGCCCGGUUACACACCACUACAGGAUCUAUCUGUCACCUGUCUACCGGACGGCAACUGGACGCGCCCUCAUGGCCUCUGCACCCGUGAGACGUGCGGCCGUCCACCUGUCAAUCAUGGAGCCGUCAUCGUCGGCACCUCCUAUUACGUAGGCGACUACGUCACAGCGACUUGUCCACCCGGAAAGAUGCCCUCUGGUGGCACGGUGCUGCGAUGCACUGAGGCGCGGCUGUGGUCGGGCACGGCAAUUUGCCAAGCGUACUGUAAAGGAGGAUGUCACAACGGUGGCGUGUGCACAUCCUACAACCGCUGCGUGUGUGAGUCCGGGUGGACAGGCCCCACCUGCCGGCAGCCGGUCUGUGUGCUACCUUGUCUCCACGGCGGCCACUGCGUCUCGCCGUACAGCUGUAGAUGCACAAGCAGCUACUCCGGACCGCGCUGUGAAACACCCGUAUGCGAACAGCCUUGUUUAAAUGGGGGCGCCUGCAUCGCUCCAAACACGUGCAUCUGCCCUAUCGGGUUUCUGCCACCUACCUGCUUACCCCGUGCCACGCCGAUGUCGCUAACCAAGGAUCUGAUGAAGAAACAAAACCCGAUGAGCAUGAUAAUGAAGUAAUACAAAUUUAUUAUAAUCAGAGUAAUAUGUCUGUCUCGUUCUGUUGUGUAUCCUUGCAGACGGUGUAUAGAGAAGCAGUCGACUCAGCGUGUAUAUUAGACUCCAUAACCGUAGAGGUAAUAGGAGAUAUAGAGUAGGCCUACAUAAACAUUAUAAAUUUGGUAGUGAAUAUAAAAGAUUUGUAUUUAUUCAUUAAUAAUGGAACUUAUUAUAAAAUGCUUGUGACGAAUCCGCGUGUGACUGCAACAAGGACGACGAUGACGAUAGCUAUAAGGACGACGAUGACGAUAGCUAUAAGGACGACGAUGACGAUAGCUAUAAGUUAAUGAAGAUGGUGAGCGUGUUAAUUCGCAUGACUGAUGGACAGUAGUGAGGUGAGAAUGAAUUUCCAUGCUUAGGAUGAUAGCUUUGAUAGCUGCAGAUGCGAAUCUGCUGUCAGACACGUUGGAGCAACGUGUAAGUGUAUAUUUGCGUAUAAAAUUAUUGAGAAAUGAACGUCGAUCACAAGUUAUCAAAAAUAAUUAGCAUAUUAUAGGAAAGUGAUAAUAAUAAUGAAUAUCUUAUUUAUGUGCCAGUGUUCUUUUGCAAAAUAAAACUAGAGAAGUCGCAUCAAAGUCAUCUAGAGAUCGUCGCAAAAAAACUCGCAAAUUGUACUGUUAGACGUAGUACCGGUACAUUGUGGUACUCAUUGUACGGUAUAUAUUAUACACAAAUGUAGUAUGUAUGACCGCAUAAUGGCAAGAUUAUAGCUUAAGUGAUCGAAAUUUA